CUUUUGUUUGGAUUGUGAAUGUAAAAGUAAAGUUUUGUUUUAUGCAUGUUCAUCAUAUUUUCAUUUUUUUGAGCUUAAAUAAUUAUCGUGACAGUGAUUCAGUUAUAUUAAUAUAAGUACAUUACAUAUAGAAUACAAUUUGUCUAGCAAUGGCUGGAUAUUUUGAAGAAAUGGGUUGGCGAGAACUGGCUGAGGGCGAGCAACCUAAUCAUUUAUUACAUAUGGCUCGAUUUCUGAUUGACUUUGGAAUGUAUGAGGACAAUUUUUCUGGAGAAUGGCCAAGGUUGCCUCCUCCAGCUUCAAAAGAAGUGGUUAAAAAUCUACCAGAGGUGGUAAUAGAUGACACCAGUAAGAAUUGUCCAAUUUGUUUAAAAAACUUCUGUGAUGGAGAGAAAGCCAAAGAAAUGCCUUGCCAUCAUGUGUUUCAUCCUGUCUGCAUAUUAACUUGGUUGGAGAGGACCAAUUCAUGCCCUUUCUGCAGAUUUGAGCUAGGAACAGAUGAUGAAGGAUAUGAGGCUUUCAAGAAAGAGAAGAAAAGAGCAGAGCAACGAAAAGAGGACUUGGAUACUCUUCAUAACUCUAUGUUUAGCUGAUUGACAAUGCUAUAUUAAUAUAUUAGUAUGUCUUAUUUUUAUAGUUUAAAUAUGGGGGGCCAGCAACAACCUGCAAAAUUUAAUGAAUAGAUGUUUGCCUUAUUUCAUUAUUAAAUUAAAUCUUAAACUAUCAUGCCACACAAGAAAUAUGUAUAUCAAUUUCCCAAUAUGUCAAUCUUUAUAGUAAGAAAAUAACCUGAGUGUGUUUUGUUACUCUAAUGGUCAAAAUCAACACAAAUAUUUUAUAAAAUAAAGAUGUGAACAUAAUGUGUAAUUGUGGGUUGUUAAUGUAAAAAUAUUGGUAUUGGUCUUUUAUACUUAUUGUAUUUUUUUUUCUUGUUGGAAUAAUAUUUGUUAAUUUAUUUAAAUGCACUUUAUAUAGUUAUAAUUAUUUUUACAUUCCAUACUAUUGUAAAAUUGAGUUCAACUUUCAAAAAUAUAAAAGUAUGUGACA